AUGAAAGAUUGCGAUCUAUCUGAGCAGAAUAUAACGGAUCUAUACGAACGAUAUAAAAUUGAUGUUGGUUCUAAAACCGAUACCAGUUUGAGACAAUUAUCUAAUUUUUUACGCAAACUAUACAAUGAUGGGACAGAACUCUUUCCUAAAAAUUCGGUUCCAGCGGAAAAUCAACAGUAUUUUAUUACAUUGGAUAUUACUGAACAACAAACAAAUGCUGAAAAGCAUGCCACUGACUUCAAUCGAGAUGCGUAUUGUAUUCUAUUAAACAUUUUUCAUGACCGAUUACCAGCUGAUUAUCAAAUUCUUUGGUGCUCGUCAUCAUCUGAGGACGAUAUUCGAUUAUUUUUCCUACGAGUCAGGAUUUUUCAUUCAUGGACAUUCGUAGUAAUAGAUACUGGUAAAAUGCAUCAUCGUCUGCGUACUGUCUUAUGGGAAGAGCAAGAGUCGUUAACGAAUCGAGAUGAAUCUCAUGCAUUAAUUUAUUAUUUUACCAAAGAAUCGAUAACUGGCAGAAAAGGCCUACGACCUUUUUAUUUAAAACCAAUGCAUCGAAAUCCAUUGGAAACAUAUUCAAAACUAAUUAGAAUGAUGCAUGACGAAAAUGUAACCGUACCACAGCUUGAUAUUGUUUAUGGUACCGCUGGCAUUGGAAAAACUCAUAGAAUUCGAAAUAAAUAUCCCGAAAAUGAUCUUUCAUGUAUUAGUAUUAAUGAUAAACUCAACUUAUCGUCUUUAAUUAGUACGUUGCUCUCAUUAGAGUCAAACGUAACGAGUGAUACACCGGUGCUUUAUCUCAAUAUUUCUAUUCAUGCACCGUUUGCACAAGUAAAUCGUACACUCUUUUUAUUGUUCGUGUGUAGAUCAUUGAAUGACAUUGCCAGUGGUCUGACAUUUUCACUAUCUUUCUCACGUCCGUGGAAAUAUGUUAUUGAAGUUCCAUACAAUAAUACAUGUCAAGCCACUCCGGUAAAACACCUUGAGGAAAUAUUACCGAUACUUUCGAUCAUAUCGUCGAAGAACGACUUAACGGAAGUGACGGAUGAGAAUCAUCAAUUAUUUAUUGGAGAAGAAGAAGAACUAGUAGCACGGUUUCUCAAAGCUUAUGAAAAUGGAGCAAUCGAUCGUUUAGCAGUGCAAGACUCCGAUGAUAAUCAGGAGGAUAAGGAGCAACCUGUUGAGUUCGAUCCAUUGACGGAUCAUAACGAAUCACGUCAAUAUAUCUAUACUUGCCUGGAAACCAAUAUGCCUGAUAUACCAAAAAAUAAAAUUUGCGAACUCUCUUUUACUAAGUUUUUGUAUCGACGUGUUCGGUUUUUCAUUGGCUUUUAUUAUCGUUACAAUUCGUCGAUACCUUAUCUUGGUUCAAUAGCAAUGAUGCAAAUGAUACAAGAAGCAAAACACUUAACGCAAAUGAACUUCUCUUCUGAUGACUAUCACCGAAUCUAUUUGGUUUACGAUCCUAGUUUUGCCUUACAUCUUUUACAUAAUGAUUGGAAUGCUGUGCCAGUAUCGUUAAAAAUUCUUUUCAGAAACCUUGAUCCAAUUGAAGAGAUACUGAAUAAUGGCAAAAAUCCUCAUAUUGAAUGUUUAGCAUGGCUGAUUGAUAUAAAUUAUAACAUUUUUGAAGCAAUCAUGAAUAAUAUGAAGUUCAUUUUAACAGAGAAUUUUACCUAUAAACUAUUUCAUAUUCAUGAAAGAAAAUUAACAAAAUUACCUUUGAUUAUUGAAGGUGAAACAGGAAUUGGAAAAACUUUUCUUCUGAAAUUUUAUUCUUCGUUACUCAAUGCUCAUAUUGCUUACGGUGAACUUUAUGAAAAUACUACUCCAAGAAUUAUAGAACGUACAAAUUUAUGGUUGCUCAAAGAAAUUAUCGAAAAUAUUUUAGAACGGGACUCGACUAUCCUAGCUACCUUCUUGCAUAAAAUCGAACCCAAAUUAAAUGAUUUUGAUGACAGUGAAAGUGAUGAUAAUAAAGAAGAGAUUCCACAAUUGAUAGCGUUUACAGAAGAAGAUGAGCAAGAACUGACUGACAGACGUAAUGUUCUUAUUGCUCUCAAACUUUUGUUACAAAACUACCAAUACGAUCAUAGAAUGUUAAAGAUUAUCUGGAAAACAAUAUUGACUGUAGCUGAUAAAAGAGAUAAAAGUCUCAGCAAAAAAUUGAUCGAAGCUUUGCAUAAAUUUGUCAUGUCACAAUUGACAGAUCUACCAUUACUUGAAGCUAGUUGGCAACUACAAAAAUCAUUGGAAGAAACUCAUCCACCGACGGUAGAGAAAUCUAUUGAAAUUUUUGUUGAAUUCUUAGUUCAUACUCAAGUAAAGCCAGUCUUCUAUCGACUUCUUUUACAUCCAGGUAUUACUGAGGAAGAGAUUGUCGAAUUUAUGUCUCCAAUUCAUCAAUUAGCAGUUCGUGUACCAAAAAUUGAAUUAGUAGUAUUUUUUGACGAGGUUAAUACAUCAUCAUGUCUUGGUUUAUUCAAAGAGAUGUUCAUAGAUGGUACAUUACAUGGUAAAACGUUGGCAAAGAAUAUUUUUUUUACAGCAGCCAUUAAUCCAUCAAGAAGCGUAGAGACGAAUUCUGAUAGAUAUCAUGAUGAUACAUUUCAUGUUUACCGCAGUGAUUAUCUUGUUCAUCAGUUACCAGAAUCAUUAGAAAAUCUCAAAGUUUCCUAUAGUAUUCUUGAUCGAAACACAUUAGAAGAUUAUAUUAAACAAAAGAUCGCUACAUUCACUAUUGGUUCAAUACAAGAUCCACAAAUGCAAUUACCUCUUGAACAAUACGCACAAAAUACACUGAUGCGGUCGAUUCUCAACGCACAGAAUUUCUGUGAAAAACGUCUUGGUAAACUGAAAUAUGAUGAUAAUAAUGAUGAACCGGAUGCUAUGCGAUGCAUAGCUUUAUCAUUGGCAUUGAUAUAUUACUUUCGCCUGCCAACAAAAUUAGACAAUAGUCAAAGAAAUGAUGAUAAGACGCCAUCACGUGAAGAACUUGGAGAACUUUUAGAUCGAACUCUACCCGAUUUCGUUCACACAGUUCAGGAGGAACUCGAAAAGUUUGUUAAUAUUGACAACUUUUUAAUUCCGCCAGGUGUAGCUGUGAAUCAAGCUAUUCGUGAACAUAUUUUUGCUAUUGUUGUGAGCGUUGUUACACGAAUACCUUUGUGUAUUAUUGGUGCUCCUGGUCAAUCAAAAACACUUUCAUUUCAAAUUGUUCUGCAAAAUCUGCAAGGUCCUCAAUUAUCACCAAAACCUUUUUGCAAGCGUUUACCAGCGCUUGAUCCAUUCUUCUGUCUUGGCUCUAAAUACAGUCGAUCAGAGGAUAUAGCUUAUGUUUUCGAUCGAGCUAUCAAACGUGAAGUACAAUAUAGACAAAUUCGAAUCGAUAGACAAUGUGUGGUUUUCUUAGAUGAAGCUUCGUUACCUGAUGAGAAGAAAAUGGUAUUAAAAGUGCUGCACCAUUACUUAGAUGAAUGUCAAGUGUCUUUCAUUGCCAUAGCAAAUAAAUCCUUCGAUGCAGCUAAUGCUAAUCGAAUGAUUUGUGUUUAUCGAUCUUUACCAUCAGAAAGCGAUCAGCAAGUACUAGCCUAUGGUUGUCUUGGCCUACCAAUCAAUAAGAAUUUUUCACAGACUAAAAGUCAUCUCGAUAAUAUUAUUGUCGGUCUAUGUGAAGGUUAUCGCAAACUGCUUAUUAGUCAAGAUAUUCCAAAAAUAUUUCAUGAUCGAGAUUUCAUUUACAUGUUAAGAGAAUUACGUUUUGAACUGCCACGAAUCACAUCAACAGAUGAUCAAGAAACAUGUUUGAAUGGAAUUCAACCGGUUGCUUUACUGCAUGCAUUAGAGGAUAAUUUUAAUGGAAUCAAUCAGAAUCAAUUCAAAUCCUUAGUCGAUCUCUUUUUCCAAGCAGUGCAAGUGAAAUCUCCGAGUUUUAUGUUACCAACCAGAAGACAUCAUCAGAAAAUUUAUCGUGAUGUGCCGACCAUUCUUCAUGAAUCAAUGAAACUCGAUUCGGAACACCGCCGUCUGUACGGUCGUUAUAAACUAAUUAUUGAUGAAUCUGAAGAUGACAGCGCUAUUCACCUACUUUUACAAACAGGCAUUCUUGAUUCAGAUCCGAAUCGAACGGCUAUCUUUCGCAUGUCCGAUUUUGUCGAUGAAGCUGAUAACGAAUUGCACAAUGUCGAAAUUCUUUCCAACAUCAAACUUUGUAUGGAAAUUGGUAAAACUAUCUUGAUGAGCACGAUUGAAGAUUCUACUCAAUUACAAGAAAAAAUUGAUGAAUUUCGAGCUGAUGGUGAAAAACGUAUACUCAUUAUUACGAUUGAUACCCAUAUCGAUCAACAACGGCUACACAUCCUAUAUAUUCGACAUCUAAUUGAUGGUGCUGAAUAUGCUUGCAACAAGAAUAAUACCAAUGAACGAAAAUAUUUUCUAAUGCUUAUUCAUUCACCAGCUCAAGAUUUAUAUCAUCAAUCAUGUUUUCCAGCGAUAUUUCUACAUAAUUGGGAUUUUCAUUUUUUUGAUACCUGUGCAACUGGUAGCGCAUUUUAUUUACAAAAACUAUUGCAAUUAUUAUCACCAUCCCAAAACGAACUAGAGACAAAGCAAGAUAAUAGUUUAUGUGAUUUAAGUAUUCUUUUUGAAGAUUGUUUAUGGGAUUUCUGUUCUCGAAUUCAAAUUUUAGCGCCUCAAUUACCAAAGAAUAUGUUUACGAAUCCAUUGGCUUAUGAAUUUUAUCAACAUAAAACGAAUACUAUCCGAAGAGUUAAAUGCUUAAGAGAGAUCCUUCAAGGAUCAUCAGAACUACAGAAAAUUCUUGUCAAUAUUUAUCAUCAACAUCUACUUACAACGAAAAAUUCUUUGGAAAGGAUUAAAGAUUUUAUCUAUCAGAUUUCGAAGAAUAUCACGUGUGGUAAACGAUUCAACGGUUUUGUCGAGUCUAUUCAAGCUCACACUCGAAAUUCAUUUAUAAACUUCGUAUCGAAUGUUUUCAAAAUUAUCGCCAAUGAUUAUGGCUUAGAAACUAUAUCUCAAUUAUUAACAAAUCAACAAAUUUAUGGAGCUUUAUUUCAUUUAAUUGACUUUCAAUCUUUUACUGUAGAGGAUAAUAGCGAUAUUUUUGCCUCCCAAACUACACAAGAUGUCAUUCAACUGAACAUAAAUUAUUCUUGUAUACCUCAAACUCCUCUAUUUCAUUUAUUUCAUCGACGAAUCAGAUCCCAUGGUAACGCUAUUAAAUUGAAGUAUAUCCACUAUGAUGAGGAAUUCACAGGUAACAGUAUUUUUCUCAUAUAUUAGUCAAGGACUCAGUCAUGAAAAGACAUGACUGUAGUAAGAAUCAGUAUAAUAAGAAUCAUAGACUGCUUUUACAUGAACUACUCUGACGAAACUGAUCACUUCUACCCAAGAUUAGAUGAAAGCAGAGGAAGAGAUCUAUUCUACCCUCCUUUUUAAGAUAUAGUACUUCGAGGUAGUGAAAUCUAAAGUAAAAUGACUAGAAGUGAUAGAACACUUUUCUGUGCAUAUGAGUAAUUAACUUUACUUCUCAAUCUAGUGAGGCAAGUCACACUAUCAGAUUGACAAAUUAAACGAAAAUCUCAUUGAAACAUGCUCACUGAUAUCUUGCUUGAGGGCAUAUGCUCAAAUAUGAUAUUUUUUGAUCUAUCUAUGUAGCAUUAUAAAUCAGAUGCAAUCAAAAUGAGUUUGUGCUCAAUAAUAUUUUUAUUUUAGAGGAAGAGCAAGGCUUGCAAGAUGAUUAUUUUGCUAUCUCAUGCAACACCACCACUGAUCACAUUCUUAAUGACGAAAAUAAAAUGGCUCCACUCACAUUCAAUCGUUUUCGAUCUGAACUGAUCAAUUCGAUCAAAAGCGAUAAAAUACUUCUUGACGCUGUAAACAGCAUAACUGUUCAUUCUUAUUCCG